AUGCGGCCGCGCUCGCGGCCCCUGCCAGCUGCCAACACGAGUCCAAGCACGCCAACGCCCGCCACACCGGCACCGACAGUGCCCUGGUUUAUGGACGAGGAGGUUGUUGAGGCGCCGAUCGAGACUGUAGCACCAACUCACGAUGAAAUGCUCCCGCCCAUUGCAUGGCUGCCGCCCUAUCUACCAGCUACCAGCGACAUCCCCGAAGAGCUUGCGCGGCUCAUUGACAUGUGCGUCACGGGCUCCUUGAGCGCACUUGUCGCGCGGCCAGCGGCUAUGGACGACAUUGAUAUCGACGAUUGGUCUGAACGUAUUCGUGGAUCGCCUCUCGCGGUUAUCAAGCCGAUAGACCGGGCGCAAACGGUCGGCGAGCAGGGCCAAGACUGGAUCGUUGUGGUGCAAGUGCGAGGCUCAGGUAUCGGCACAGUGCGCCGCGUCGCAACCGAUCUGGGUGCGUACCUGAAGCGCACGAUACCACCGGCACCGACGCAGCCCGAGGCCGUCACACUGGAUGCGAUUCUAGGGCCUGUGCAAGUCGUCGGUGAGGGCGCCGCGCCCGAAACGACGCGCGAGCCACGCCCCGCGGGCCUAUCGCGGAUCGAGCACGAGGUGGGCCAUACCCUGCCUGCCUGGCAGGUUCAGAAAAUUGCACUCACACGCAAAUACCCAGACGGAUGGUCCCCCAUGACCAAGCUGUCGCAUGAGGCGCAGGAGGGCCUUCGGCUGCUGCACGCGGCUGACCCCGCGCGCUUCGAUAUCUCCGUGCUCAGUCGGCGCUUCCGCAUCAGUCCAGAGAGUGUGCGCCGAAUCCUGAAGAGCAGGUGGCGACCGACAGAGGAGGAGGCGCAGCGCAAGAACGAGCGUGCGCGCGCGGCCCAUGCGGCGAAGCGCGGCACCACGCGCGAAGACGAGGAGAUGGCGUCGCUGCGCGAGGGCAUUGACAUGGAGAUUGGGCCGCGCCCGCCAGCGCCAGCGGUGGUCGACCAGGGCUACGAGCACGAAGUGCGAUUCGAGGGCCUCGUGUCGAGUGCGGACCUGGCCGAAGGACGUCGCCGCCAGAAGGGCGUCAGCUCGCGCGGUAGUGGCGAUUGGUGCCUGAUCGACGCGGGAUGGUGCGUGGUGCAUGUCAUGACGGCGGACGCGCGCGAGCGAUACCGCCUCGAGGACCUGUGGCGCCACAACGGCACGAACCUGACGGGCCCCGCCUAG